AUGAUACACAACAGCGCAGUUACAGCCACCAUGUUAGAUGAUGCUCUAUCCUACCUCAUCGACGAUAUUACAGAAAACAGCUCAAGCUCUCUUGCCCAUGAAAAUCUACAGCACUACAAAAAACAUCUGGACCAUCUCGAAACAGCAUCAAAGUUGGCCCUUCUUCAAGAAUGUUUAUGUGUACGACCACCUGUACCACUUCUCCCAGAGAACAUCCUCCAAAACAUCGAAUUGAUUCUAAUGCAUGUGAGGGAACAUAAGUUACUCACACCGCUAUCUUCACUGUCUCCGUCACGAGCCAUCACACAUGACGCGUCGAGACAUACAAACAUAUAUCUUUGGAGAGGCGACAUAACGACUCUAACCGAUAUCACUGCCAUCACAAACGCAGCAAACAGCCAAGGCCUUGGAUGUUUCCAACCAACACAUCGAUGCAUAGAUAACAUCAUCCACUCCGAAGCAGGACCACGACUCAGAGAAGAAUGCUUCUGGACGAUGAAAGAGAGAUCAAAAGACCUAAAGCCUGGUGAAGUGCUUGUCACUGGGGGCCAUGCGCUUCAUGCCCCUUCGGUGAUACAUACAGUUGGCCCACAACUCAAGCGCGGUGCUUCGCCUACGGAUAUGGAGAGGGCUCAACUUGCAAAGUGCUACGAAGGUAUUCUCGACUCGGUGGAGACUUUACCGUCUGGUCAAGAUGGUAGAAAGUCAGUUGCUCUUUGCUGCAUUUCAACUGGACUUUUUGCAUUUCCAGCUGAUGAAGCUGCCAAAAUUGCGGUGUCAACUGUCACAUCAUGGCUCGAGAGUCAUUCAUCUACAACGAUCACGGAUAUUAUCUUCAAUACAUUCACGGAAUCAGACACCAAGAUCUACAUCGCGCUUCUUGGUUCUUUUUCGACAUCAAUCUCACCUCCCAUCAAAAGCUCGGCUGAAGGUUCUCUCCAAGUUGCCCGAGACUGGCUCCGCUCAGCCGAUGCCGUCCUCGUCACUGCAGGCGCAGGAUUAUCAGCAGCAGAAGGAUUGGACUACCACUCAAGAGAUCUGUUUAAAAGGAACUUCCCCGGCUUCCUCAAGUUCGGUUUGACGUCUCUUUACAGUGUAUUUGGGUACAAUGACUGGCCAUCUGAGGAAUACCGAUGGGGCUAUUUCUUUACUCAUUUGAACAUGAUAUCAAAAUGGUCAAACACGCCCACGUAUCAAGCUUUAAUCCCAUGGUUGAAGGAGUUUGGGGACAAUGCGUUUGUCAGAACAUCCAAUGCAGAUGGACUAUUCCUUGCAAACGGAUGGUCGGAAAAGCAGCUUUCUACACCUCAAGGUUCAUAUGCAUAUCUACAAUGUCUAAACAACUGCAGAGCCGACGCGGUUGUGGCUUCUGCUCCUCUCGUCGCUGAAGCGAUGCCAUUUAUCGACCCAGUUAGUCAAAAGUUGACUGACUCAAGUAAAAUCCCAAUCUGUAGAUUCUGCGGCUCAAAGAUGAGUAUUUGCGUCCGCGCAGGAUCAUGGUUCAAUCAAGCACCGUACCAAGACGGUGAAACACAAUGGAAAGCUUGGAAAUCCCGGAUCACGAAAGAAAAGAAGAAAUUAGUGGUUCUGGAACUUGGUGUUGGAAUGAACACGCCUGGUGUUUUGAGAUGGCCGAAUGAAGAUCUCGUUGAGAGAAGUAAUGGGUUGGUCAAAUUGAUACGUGUCGGGAUGGGACCUGAAGCGAUGGUGCCUUGGGAACAAGAAGAUAGUGGGCUGAGUACUUUUAUCCAGGGCGAUAUUCAGCGCGCCAUGCCACUCUUGUUGGAUGGAUGA